AUGAGCACUCCAUCCGUUGUUUCAAGCCCAUCCAAAUCAAACAAUGCGUCCAAAUCGGCCGCUUCUUCUCAAGCCAAUUCUCAAUCCUCGACCACGAAACGACUUCAAUCCGAAUUGAUGAAUCUCAUGAUGUCCAAAACUGCAGGAAUUAGUGCCUUUCCCGAUGAAGGAAACAUGUUCAAAUGGACAGGCACUCUAAAGGGAAGCGAAGGAACUCCCUAUGAAGGACAAACUUAUAAACUUUCUCUCAGCUUCUCGAAUGAUUAUCCUUUCAAGGUUCCAGUGGUGAGAUUCAUCACUCCCAUUUAUCAUCCAAAUGUAGAUCAGUAUGGAAAUAUUUGUCUGGAUAUUCUGAAGGAUAAGUGGUCAGCAACGUAUAAUGUGAGAACUGUUCUGCUCUCGAUUCAGAGUUUGAUGGGUGAUCCAAAUAUUGAUGAUCCAUUGAAUGGUGAAGCAGCUGCUGUGUACAGCGAUCCUGUCGAGUUUAAGAGAUUGGUAGAUUUGACAUUUCAAAAAAAGCAGCAACAAUAG